AUGGAUCUGAACGAUCCUGCAGCGUUUGGUGAAUACUGCAAGGACACAAUCAUUGUUACUGUUUUUGUACAGGUUCUUGCUCUUUAUUCUUCUUUCGCAUACUUGAUCUUAUUAGUAAUACCUGCCGCUGCUGUAUAUAAGGUUUUCUUCGGUGUGAUUCUACCGUGGAUCACAGCUCCAUCAGGAGACAGUAACGAAGAGAUGGAUGACAAGAAGAUGAGGAAACGUGAACGUCGAGAAAAAAUUGUAUACCGAAGAUAA